AUGGAGACCACUGAAGUGGUUCGUAGGACGCAAAGAACCACGAAGACAGUGACGCGUUCAGAACAGCAAGUGGUAUAUGGUACUCAUAAGACUGAACUGGUCAAUGUUCGCGUUUCAUCGAGCGCAUUCGAAGCGUCUGGAGGAGGUGCUGGAAGUGCUGGCAUACAUACGGUCAUAAGUCAGCCGAUCAGCCGAGAAGGCUUCGAGAGGCGAAGUAUUACGCUUAUAACACCGACGGGUCACGGUCACAGAAGCCCGAAUGCUGGUGGUUCACUUUCGAUUGAACCAAUUGAACUGGGCACUCCGAUCACAGCCGAUCAAAUGGACGAGAAACGCGAAAAUCGUCGUGUUUACGACUACUUGUGUAGACUUCUUGAAGUGAGAACGUAA